UCUUGGAAGUGAGGGAGCAAGCCAUAGAGGAUCCCACCACACAGUGAGACGCGAGAUCCAUGGCACUGGCAACCUCUCCUCUCAGACACGAUGGAGAUCCAUUGUGUCUGUUUCAGUGUCAGUCUGCUUCUAUCCGGCUUCCUGUUCAACAUGCUGACAUAUCAUCAUUUCCAGGGUCGACGACCACUAACUUCUAGACUUCUCGAAGUUAAGAGCCGACGGCUCUACCCCAUUGAUGGGGAUUUCAGCUGUGGCCCACCAGUCACACCUGCAGCAGCAAAUCAAGUAACCCAGGACAUACAAAUACGAGGAAGGUGGAUCUUUGUACAGGAUGACCCACACCCUCGGCCAGUGGCAGUUGGAGGAGCAUGACCGCGCUCGCGUAAUUCACUCACGUUUACACUGGACCGUAGUGUAUACUUACUCAUGAGAGAACGAGACGUAUCCGUUGCACCACUGUCACAUCAUGUAUGAGAGAGUAAUGAGG